UUCCAGAGAGAGGGAGAGAGAGGGUUCGAGAGUCUUCCAGAGAGCGGAUCCAUCCAGAGAGUGCUAGGGUUUUCUCUCCGGGCGGCGGCGAUGUCGAUGGCGGCGGCGGCGAGGGCGGCGGCGCGGGCCCCGGGCAGGGCGGCGGCGCGGUUCGUGCAGACCAGGCUCCGCUCCUCCGGCAAGGUGCUCAGCGAGGAGGAGAGGGCCGCCGAGAACGUCUACAUCAAGAAAAUGGAACAAGAGAAGCGGGAGAAGCUCGCACGCAAGCAGGGUCCCAGCACUGGGGAGCAAGCUCCGUCCACCCCAAGCGCCGGAGCGGGUGACGUGAACACCGCAGGCGCCGGUUCGACCGCGUCGGCAUCCGCAGCAGGCACCUCGACCGACAAGAACAGGAACUACGCCGUGCUGGCUGGCACCCUGGCCGGCCUGAGCGCCCUGGGCUGGUACCUCCUGUCGAAGCCCAAGAAGACGGAGGAGGUCGUCGACUGAUCUGCCCGUCUCCGUCCUGCCCUGGUUUUUACUUCCUUACUGCACAUGGACCUGCGCGAUGAUGAUGAUGAUAAUAAGUUUCAAACGUCGCCGAACAGCCUUGCCUUUGCCUUGUUAGCUGCCUGCUUCGACAGAAUCUGAGACUUGAGAUGAUGAUGAUGAUCUGUAGCGCUAGUUGCUUUGCUACCUGUGGUUGGUCUGGUAUCGUAUGGUGGUGGUUAACGAGUGAGGCGUCUUGGAUGAUGCGGUUUGGUCCUUUUGAAAAAUAUGCAAUGCAUGGUUUUUUCUGGUGAA